CAAGCUCUCACAACAAAUAUUACACUCCCUUUGAUUUUCUUGAGCUCUUAUCUUUUGUUCCUAUAAAUCAAAGAAGAUGAAGCUUGUCCUGGUCACCUUCCUGCUUGUUUCUCUUAUUCUCAGCUCCUCUCUCUUUGAGGUGUCAAUGGCAGGUUACUGCAGCUCCAAGUGCAAGACGAGGUGCUCCAAGGCAGGGGUUAAAGCAAGAUGCUUGAAAUACUGUGGGAUUUGCUGUAAGAAAUGCAAAUGUGUUCCAUCAGGCACAUAUGGGAACAAGCAUGAAUGCCCUUGUUACAGGGACUUGAAGAACUCCAAGGGCAAGCCCAAGUGCCCUUAGAUUCCCCCCAAAAUAGUUUUUAGGGACCCUAAAACAUCCAGAGCCAUUGAAGAGGAUCAUUAAAGGUCUCCAUCAUAAAGCUAUAUAACAAUUAAGGUUUAUUUAUCUGAAAAUAUUAGGGCCCGUUCCAUGGUCUAUGAAUAUGUUGUCUCGUUUGCUUUUAUUUUCCUUGUUAAACAUUGUUUAUUUCAAUUUUAGUUUUAUUUUUAUGAAAACAAUAGUAUAUAACUCUUAUAUUUA